AUGAUGGCGAAGGGCAUCUGGUACGAUACAAAAGGUGGCCAUCCUUCUGCGAUAGCUGAUCAGUCGGCGAACGACCGCCACUUGCCGUCACUUUCAAUCCACUUUUUCAUUCGAAAAUCUCUCUAAUACAGCUAUACACUUUAUUCCAAUUGGUACAUUUGGAUUCCAGGAUGAAACUAGCCUUUUUAUUACUAACGAUGGCCAUUUUGGCAUCGUCUAGUAGAGCCUUCAUUCUCCCCGGGACUCCCGAACAAACCAACAUUGCAAAUGAAUAUCAGACUGCCGAGUCGGCUGAAGCUGGAGAAAAUCAAAUCGCCAAAGACCUGGAACAUUUUCUGGGCAAACCUUUGACGACCAUGUCGUUUGCCGGCACAACUAGGCUCAACAUUUACCGCGUCCAGGGGCGGAAAAACUAUCACAGCAAGUCCCUUUACCAGUUCAGUCCAGCGGCCAUUCUGGACAGCUCCAGCAUCACCCACUGGUACAGCGGAGUCAACAGCCAGCUCUAUUUCGGCUUCCGCGUUCAAAUGUGGAACGAGACGAUCCAGCAAGCUGUCGCCACCCAUUUGACGCGAGUAACGGGCAAAAAGGUCCGGACCUACCAGGUCGAGUCGAUCCCGUUCGACCGAGUCAUCCUGACCAGAUCCAGCGACGUAGAAGAGGACGGACGUUAUCAUAUGGCCCAGCCCAUGAUCCCGUACACGCAAACGGUGGGUUUCAGUUUGGCCUGUUACGACAAAGCUGAAUGCCAACAACUGGCCGAGCAGUUCAGUAAGGAGCCGGAACAAUUCGACAAAUUCAAAGUGGCCUACAGCAUGGACAGCCGGAGGGAGACGGAGACCAAAAUCGUCCAGGUAACGCAGAGCAUGUUGACGCAGACUAAUCAGCUGUUUAGUCAAAUCAGCCAGCGAUUCCCGCGGACCAACGAGAUCCUCUUGUCCGUCGGCGAUGCCCAGCGUCUUUUAUGGCGGGCCAUUUCCGACAUUGUCCGCGAAAGUUUCGGGGAACAACCGGAAGCAAUCGUGCGCAGAGACUCUCGCCAGAAAAUCUACGACCAACUGGAAAAAGUUGUCGUGGCGGCCAAAUUGACCAUCUCGACGGCCGACGACGCCAAAUGGCCCACCGUCUACUGGGAGGACCCACUGAGCCGUCCCGACGCCAUCGCCCGAUCUCUCAAUGAACGCAAACGCCACCUGGUCCACCACGACGACGAUAACUUUGACGUCCAGGAGGAACAGCAGCAGCAGUCGUCCAGUGACUGGAAGACCCGGUCGAAGGAGGCCAUCGACGCCUUGUACGACCAGCACAAGGAAUUCGUCAGCUUUGACGGUGAGAAAUUCGUGCCCAAACCGAUCCAGCUGUACAGGAUCAAGUUGAACGCCAUCCGCGAGGGUCGCGUCUGGAAGGAUCUCGGCCGGCUCGAAGUGAAUUAUCACGCGGGGGCGGAAAUGACUGGACCCAUCAUCCACAGCGCGUCUACUUCUUAUUCCUUGGGGCUCGUUUUACCUGCGUCAGCGGAACUGGAAGAGGAAAUUCCGAAUAAUUGCGAGGAGAAGAAGAGCGUCAUCUCCCGGCUGAUUGACGGGCAGAUUUUGAUUGUCCGGAUCAAAAACGCCCGCACUGGCGAGUACCUUUACCCUGGGCGGGACGAGUUCUCCCAGGACGCCAAACGACGCCGAGUCUUUACGUGGCGCAACAAGGACGAGCCGCUGGGAUUGUGGGCCGAAUGGCGACUGACCGGACUGUGGAAGGCCGGCGUCUUCCGGGUUCGUUUCACCAGUUUGCGGUUCCCGCACGAGUACCUGUACCCGUCGACUGACGAGUUCUCCUACGACAAGGAUCGACGUCGCGUCUUCACCUGGCGCCAGUACAGCAAACCCGAGGACGUCCACACCUGGGCCGACGGAGCGGCCGAUUGGCUCCUGGACACUUACCGCGUCAACACGGAGCAAUUCCCCAACCGCUACGCCCUUUUCAGCCCCAAGCGACGCGAGUACCUCUACGUGGCUCCCGACCAGUUGGCCCUGGACGAAACCCGCCACCGCGUCUUCACCUGGCGCGGUCCAGAGAACGAAGUCUGGGUCGGACUCAAGAACCAAUGGGACAUUGAAGUCGUCCGAUCCUUGUAAUCACCAAUUUUCCCCAAAUUAAUUCCAGUCCAGGAUGAAUUUUGACCUUUUGAAUAAAGUUCUGAUGACGAAA